AUGGAUUUUAUCAUUCUCAAGGUAUGUCUAUUCAUUUUACCAUUUUUAUUGAUAUUUCAUUGGUCAGGAACUGAGUCAAUAUAUCUUACUAAAAUUCUAGGUUCUAAGUUUGGAAUUGUGAAUUAG